CUCGCACCUCUGAUCUUUUUUCAUAAAUACGACCUAUCCCUUUACAUUAAAACCAAACCACGUACCAGAGAAGAUUCCUGCAAACAAGGACAGUUUGGAGCACGAAGUAUAAACAUCCCGGCUUUUGAAGGUUGUUAACGUGAUACAAGUUCAUGUUUAUGUCUGUCAGGUCAUAAAAACGCUUACCAAGGGCCUUGAAGAUCAUUUAAAAAUUCAGUUUGUAUUGUAAAGUUUGAAAUAUACCAACUUAAGGAGAAUGGCUGAUAAUUCAUCUGAUAUGAUGGCUGAUAAGGAAUUACAAAAGUUCCUCACAGUCGAAAAAGUCAAAACGCAGUUUCACGAACAAGUUCAUCGAAUUACAGAUGUAUGUUGGGACAAAUGUAUAGAUAAACCAGGUUCAAAAUUGGAUGGUCGUACUCACACUUGUUUGAUUAACUGUGUUGAAAGAUUCAUAGAUUCCACUUUAAUUCUUACUAAUCGAUUUGCACAUCUGCUUCAGCGUUCAGCAGGAGCUAUUUGAGAUUUAGUGACAUGUUUUUCAUAACACUUUCAAUUAAUCUCUGAAACAUUUUUAUGUAAAUAUAAUUAAAUAUUCAAUGAAAGUAAUAUUUAUUAAAGAUUCUGCAUAAGUCAACAAGAA